AAAUGACCAACAACAGAGURCCGAGUGACUCGGGUCAAAUCGUCAUUUUGCAAGACUUAUAUGCAAAUCUUAGAUAAAUAUCACGGUGUAUGCUUCCUUUAGGGCCUUGUGAAGUUUUCCAUCGGUAUUCUGCCAGCUUUACUGUAUCGAYUUGACACAKAGAAGCAAAAUAAUUGUGGACGCGCCAAUUCGUAUUUGUUUCCUAUUUUGGAAUGUCGCUACAGAAAUCUUGCUAAACUGAAGUUAUUGAAGGUUUCUCUUCGCUUUUGAAUCCUGAAUGUUACUCAAGAAGAAAAUUCUCGUGGUAUUAUUGAAUAAGUAAGUAAGGAACUUUACAGUAGAAAGGCAAUUGUGUUUGAUGGCUGUUCAAGCUUCGUGUAUGGAACUSGCUUUAGARGGUGAACGGCUUUGCAAGGCCGGUGAUUGUAGAGCUGGAGUGAGCUUCUUUGAAGCGGCAGUUCAAGUUGGGACAGAAGACUUAAAAACUCUUAGUGCAGUAUAUAGCCAGCUUGGCAAUGCUUAUUUUUAUCUGCAAGAAUACGAAAAGGCUUUGGAGUUUCACCGUCACGAUCUGACCCUAGCAAGGACGCUUGGCGACCGAGUUGGAGAGGCCAAAGCUAGUGGAAAUCUAGGAAAUACUUUAAAAGUAUUAGGGAAAUUUGACGARGCUAUAGUAUGCUGUACAAGGCAUUUGGAUAUUUCUCGCGAACUUGGAGACAAGAUUGGAGAGGCAAGAGCGUUAUACAACUUAGGCAAUGUAUAUCAUGCUAAAGGAAAGCAUUACGGCCGUAGUUUUAAUCAAGAUCCUGGUGAUUUUCCAGACGAGGUCCGAAGCUCUUUGGAUAGAGCAGUUGAAUUUUAUGAAGCGAAUCUAACUAUCGUCAAAGUCUUAGGAGACCGAGCGGCCCAGGGACGUGCUUGCGGUAACCUUGGYAACACGCAUUACCUGCUGGGUAAUUUUGAUCUGGCAAUCAUGUUUCAUGRAGAGAGAUUGGCAAUCGCGCGUGAGUACAAUGACAAAGCCGCUGAACGUAGAGCUUGCAGUAACCUCGGCAACGCUCACGUGUUUUUAGGUGAAUUUGACAUCGCUGCCGAAUACUACAAGAGAACACUGCAAAUCUCCAGGGAACUCGGCGACAGAGCCAUCGAAGCUCAGGCGUGCUACAGUCUGGGUAACACCUACACUCUUCUAAAAGAGUACAACGACUCYGUCACUUUUCAUAUCAAACACCUGACUAUUGCUCAAGAACUCGGCGACAGAGUUGGUGAAGGCAGAGCUUGCUGGAGUCUUGGUAACGCUCACACUGCUCUUGGCAACCAUGAAUUGGCACUGGAGUACGCACAGAAACACUUUGAUAUCUCCAAGGAGGUUGGUGACAGAACGGGACAAAUCACUGCUCAGAUGAACAUCUCAGACUUAAAGGCACUUCUUGGAAUUCAAGAGAGAGUUAACGACCAUGACAGUGAAAUGGGAGCUGAAGGAGGRCAGAGAAGCACCAGCCCAGGAUCCAUCAAACAACUAUUUCGUAAACACAGCAAAUCUGACGCAGAGAGGCGUAAAGAUAACCAGAAUAAAGAUGGACGCCGUAAGAUCUCAACGCCUUCAAACAACACAAGACCUGUGGACGCAGCACAGGUACAAUUACGCGUCGCCUCUGAGAAUCGUGGUCCCAUUGGAGAUUCACUCGAUGAUAACUUCUUCGAUAUGCUAACUCGAUGUCAAGGAAGUCGAAUAAAUGACCAGAGGGUUGAUGCGCCUGAYCCAAUGGUCUCUAAAAGCAGGAGUGCAGACGAUCUUCUAGAGCUUGUCGCGAAACUACAGGGAGAUCGCAUGGAUGAACAACGCUUUGAACUCAGAGAUCCUGAGGAUGCGGAGGGUGCGACUUCAGAAAGAAAACCUGUUUUGAAACUGAACAAGAACCAAACUGGGACGCUUUCUGAUGAUCUGUAUGAAAUGGUCCUUCGUAGUCAAGCUCACAGAUUAGAAGACCAGAGAAGCGAGCCUCCUCUACACAGACAGGCACCUACAGUACCAGAUGARGAUUUCUUUGGUUUGAUACUAAGACUUCAGUCCAACCGCAUGGAUGAUCAACGGUCAUCACUUCCAGGAAAUAACAAACGAUAUUUCUCRAAAUGAAUUUCCAUCCRUGCGUUGUUUCAGCACUAAGAAGUGCCAUUGACAGCCCAACUCCAUUAAAGACAGCWCAGCAAAUWAUGCRUUGUCRCAAGCAAGGAGGACAACAUAGUCUGCUUUAUAAGUAUGAUUGCAUCUCUUGUGCCCAAAAAGGAGCUUUGAAAACAUGUACACAAUGAAGCCCAGUUAUUGGCAAUGAAAAUGAAACAUUUUAGUUUGCUUUUGAGAGUAGUUCUACCACAUUGUCUCUCAGAAUGUUUUAGAUGUGACAUAGUAGAAACAAGGUGAAAAUAUGGGAACAAUGUAAACUGUUAUUGAUCAAAUUCUCCUGAAAAUCAUGAAGUUUGAGGAGAAUUUAGAUUUUUAUCAAGUUCCCUUUUUGAUAAAGCCAAGCAAAUUGAUCUUGUAUAUAGAGUAUAGCUAAUAGAAAUGAGAAUAGCAUCAGUAGAAUUUUAGAUGUGAAUUUUUUUAAUUCUAGUAGUGUGGAUGCCAACCAAGGCAUGAAAUAUUUUAAUACUAAUWAUUACAAUCAUAAUAUUUGUCCCCAAAUCCCUGUAUAUUAGAGUAGCAUAUAACAAUGACACUUGACUGCACAUGCACUUUGCAGACAUUUUACAAUAAACCAUACUUCAUACUCGUACCCAGUGCACCUCGGUCUCCCUAACGAUGGGAGAAGGGAUGACCGAGGUGCACUGGGGACGAGUAUGACCAUACUUUCCAUAAAUAAUUAGCCAAUUAGAAGUUUUGUUAGUCAGAGCCAAUAACAUGCAUUGUUAGUUUUAACCAAUCACAAUUGUUCAUUUGAGCCAAUCAUAUAUUCUGUUACUUUUAAUAGCCCAUUGCAAGUGCUACUGAUUAGUGGGAUAGCUUUAGGAGAAAAAAAAGUAGAAUUUAAUUGCAUAUGUUAAUUUUACUUCAUUGCUUGGGCAUAUGUUGUAAAUAUUAUUGUAAAAUUAAGCUCUUAUUUAGCAAAUCAGUAAGAGCUUUACUAUGAAAAGUUCCAACUUUGCAUUUUUGAAAUGUCCAUUGAUAUUUUGAUAACGGUAAAGAUGAUAUACCGCCUGUAUACAACAAGGCUUAACACUUAUCUUGGCUCCUAGAGCAUUGAAACAUUUUCUAACAACUUCCAAUCAUUUUGUAAGUGUUAUUUUUAGAUUUUCAUUUACGUUUUGACCUACGAGAUCAGUGGCAGAUGUAGGAGGUUCACAGGGUUCCAUGUAAUUCAAARAUUUGAGUUUGGAUGCAUCUAAGGCAAAUUAUAAUGAAAAAAAAAGCAUGACGUUUUGCAUUGUGCCUUGUUUUUAUGGCAUGUUUUAAGAAAAAUAACCACCUUUGAUAAGUCCUGGAUCUGCCACUAUAGACCACAGCAAGCAGGUUAUUUUUGCACUUCAUUAACUUGUGGGGAGCAUAGAGCUUAAUGUUGUGAUAAUCAAAGUAGAAUAUGUAUAGUCAGUUCCAAAAAAGCUUGGUCUAGGUCAAAAUAAAAUCACUCAAGUCAAGUAACAUAACUGGGCCAUGUUUUGGCUAACUGGAUUAAGAUUACAUCUUUGCACAGAACGGACAGAUUUACUAUUAAUGUAGUUAGCUGCAGAAUUAUUUAAGCAGCUUCUUUCUCGGUGAACAAAGGAAAACUGAUGCAAUGACGAAAAGUGAAUGAAUUCAUGUCAUUGAAAAGAAAGUGACCUUAUCAUUUUCAGUGAAUAAUAAUCUGUGAAAUAGAAAAGUUAACAUACUAAAUCUGUGAAACAAAUGCUAAUAAUUUCACUAGCAAUGGAUGGGCAUUAUUUACCAACUAUUUUGUACUAUUUAUAUUUCACAGAUUCAUGUAAUUUUCAUUAAAAAUAUGGAGUGUGGGAAAUUCUCUUUUAACUGACCAUUACAAACUUGAGUGAUUUUAUUAGAAAACAUAACAAAAUUAAAGAACAUAUUUUUUUAUGUGAUUUGAUUUUUUUAAUUGCAAUUAUUAAAUUUCAAGUAUAUUAUUUCUUAGUUAGUGGUCUCAUUGACGAUAGUAAAUGUUGCCCCCAUGUGGAAGAAUUGAUAAUUUGAUAUGGUGUAGAAUAAUGAUGAUAUUAACGAGUGAAUAAACUUUGUAGAAAACU